AUGCCUCCUGUCGAUGAUGACUGGUCAGACUCUGAUGAUGUUCUCGAUGAGAUCGAGACCUCUGUGACCUUGGGUGUACCAGAUGGUCAGAUUAGUUCCCAGACAGAUCUUUCCGAUGCUGCUGUAUCGCGCUUGGGUGGUCUUCCUUCGCAGUGCAAAGUUUGCAGCAGUCCGAUGGAGCUUCUUGCCCAGAUGUGGUGUCCUUUUGAAGACAGUCCCAUGGAUAGGGCGCUGUAUAUCUGGGGCUGCGCAAGGGCGCAAUGCCAGAAGAAGGAUGGGAGUAUACGCGCUUGGAGAGCCUUGCGAUACAAUGCGGAAUAUGCUGCAAAACUAGAGAAGAAGCGAGAGAAAGAGAAAGCCCGAGCCGAAGCGAAGAAAGAGAAAUUGCAGAAAGCGCCCCUCAGUAAUCCAUUUUCAGUGCGGUUCCAGAUGAGUGCUGCUUCCACAGCACCAAAUCCAGUUUGGCCUUGGAUCGCAUAUUUUUGGUGGAACUACACCUGCAGCGCCGGCGACCCCAUCCGAAGAUCACUGAAGCUUUCUGAUGAGGAGGGCGAUUCGGAUGAUGAGUCUUCGUCGUCUGAGCACUCUCUGCUCACUGCUAUGGCUUCUGCUACUCUGGAGGAUUCGCCAUGGAGGCAAACUCUUUCCUACCCACCCCAAUACCUGAAAACAUUUUCCGAGUACAUCGCCCCCGAAUCGAAACCCAAAAUUCCCUCUGGAGCUCAAAUAAUCGAUGACGCCGAUGAUUCAAAGGGGGGUAAGGACAUUGGAUGGUCCGAAAAAUACGAAAAUUCUUUAGACGUUGACCAUGUCUUCGAGCGAUUUUCAAAUCGAGUAAAACAUGAGCCUGAACAAUGCAUACGCUACGAUCUGAACGGUGUACCACUGCCAUUCUCAACAGAUAAAGUAUUCGACCUCUUAUUCCCUGCUCCUAUUACUCCCCCAUUACCGGUGACAAAACCCGACUUUACGGUUGUUCCCACCUCCAAAAGGACGUACGACCCUUCAUCGCUUCCUCCUUGCCCCAGCUGCCGAUCGAAACGUGUAUUCGAAUGUCAGCUGAUGCCCAAUACUAUCAAUAACAUGUCUGAUGAGGAGCGGCGGAAGGCUGCGGUGACGGCAAUCAGUGGUAUGGACUGGGGAACUUGUAUGGUGUUCUCUUGUGAAAAGGACUGCUGCACGGAAAAUGGGCAAGAUGCUCGGGAAGCUUGGAGGGAAGAGCACGUCCUUGUCCAAUGGGAUGUUUAA